UUCACGAGCGUGAUCAUGUUGCGCUGCAGACCCAUCGCCGCCUUUGUUGGUAUCCCUCUCCUGUGUCUGACUGAAAAGACGAAUGAGAUAGCAGCCAUUCUUGCUCGGGAGAGACUUCACAAAAUCACUGAGCGGCAGCCUGAUCCCGUCGCGUGAGCAUCGACGCCCGACUCGGCCGUCUCGGCUCGUCAUUGAUCAUGAACCUUCACCGCCCUGCGCCUCUAUGACAAAGUCCCGACCUACCGUGGAACUCAUCGCCAGGCGAGGCGCUUUGGAGCUGACGAUAGCAAACCUGCCGACACGGCUGUCCAGAUAAGGUUUCUCUGACUGGUGGGUGCCAGUAACCGAGACACAACCCAGGAUGGCCAUAUAUAAAGGUCGAUCCAAGUGCUCAUUCAUUUUCUUCAGCGUCUACUCACUACUCUCGGCCAACUCCGACCAUCUGCGAUGUCUAGCGAUCAAGUUAAGCCCCGCGUAUUCGUCUUUGGCGCCAAUGGAGCCACAGGCAUCAGCAUCGUCAAUGGUCUUCUGCGCUCUGGGAACUACCGUGUGGCCGCCGUCGUACGCUCUCCGAACAAGCCCGCUGUCGUCGACUUCAAGAACCGCGGCGUUGAGAUCGUCAUCUUCCCCAGCCUCGGCACGGCCACGCACGAAGAGCUUGUAAAGCUUCUUACUGGCGUUGACAUCGUCGUCUCUGCCGUGCAUGUCUUCGCGCUUGAAGCUCAGCGCCCGCUAUUCGCUGCCGCCAAGGAGGCAGGGGUAAAGCGCGUCGUUCCGUGCGACUUUGGCACGCAUGCCCCUCCGGGUGUGAUGCUCAUCAAGGACAAGAAACUGGCCAUACAAGACUAUAUUCGCCAGUUGGGUAUCGGCUACACCUUCAUCGACGUCGGAUAUUGGUAUCAGACUCUCCUGCCCUAUCCGCCAAGCUAUGCCGGAAACACUGUCGCCGACAUCAACUUUCAGUACCGCGGGCCUGGCGACGUGCCCAUCGCCGGUACCGAUCUGGACCACAUCGGCGACUUCGUUGCACGCAUCCUCUCCGACCCGCGCACGCUUCACCAGAGCGUCUUCGUUUGGGAGGAUCAGGUCACCGAGGCGGAGCUCUUUCGCAUCGCGGAGGAGAAAUGCGGCGACCCCGAGGGGCUGCGUCGCGUCACAGUCAAAGUCGACGCAGACGAGAUCCGUACCAAGCUGCAGGAGAGCAUCGAGGGCGGCGAGGCCACGCUCAUAGCUCGCAUCCUCUGCGAGUACUCGCUGAGCCUUUUCGUCCGCGGCGACAACACGGUGGAGAACGCGGUUCGUGACGGCGCGUUGGAUUCGCGGGCUCUGUACCCCGAUAUGCACCCACGCAGGAGCAUUGCAGAAUUCGCAGCGGAGAAGUGGUACCCUAACCCGAAGUACCCGUAUCCCGAGGACACCAUGAAGCAGUACGACCCCGUAAAGUCUCAGUAAAAGGAAUUUUCGUAUACGAUUCUGUAAUUGGUUCAAAAUCGCCUUCAGUGUCCAUGCG